UACUGAAUAGUUUCGUUUCUUUCUUUAUUCUUUUUUAGAAAGAAAGAUGGCAUCUCUUACACCAGGAUUUCUCCUGAAACUACUUCGAACUAUUAAUUCUAACAUAAAAGUUCGUGGCGAAUACCGAUCCAUCCUUUUGCAAGUCAUCAGCAUUGUCCCAGCCUUAAACGGGUCUGAACUAUGGCCAAACCAUGGCUUCUUCAUCAAAAUCUCAGAUUCAUCUCAUUCCACAUACGCGUCAUUGUCCAAGGAAGACAACGAGCUCAUUUUAAACAAUAAACUACAACUUGGCCAAUUCUUUUGGGUCGAUAGAAUGGAUGUUGGAACUCCAGUUCCAGUUCUAGUAGGGGUUAGACCUGUUCCUGGACGACACCCGUUUAUCGGGAACCCAAAAGAUUUGAUGCAGAUGUUAGAGCCUUCAGAAGCUAUCAAAUCUAGUGAAAUGGUGGAGGCAAAAGAAGAGAGCACGAAAAAGAAAAUCGUGAUCAAAGAGGAGAAAGUUACAGUUGCUUCAAGGUAUAUGCAAGGAGCUGUGGCAAAAAAUGAUGGUCUAAAAAAAGAUGAAAAUGAGAGUAAUUCAAGGAACGGCACAAUCAAGGGCAGACAACAGGAGACAAAAGGUCAGGCACACACGACAACAAGUUUGCAUAAGUUGUCUGAUGCAUUAAGACCACGGGUAGGUGCUGGUGUGAACGGGCGCUUCACAGAACCAUUGACAAUUAAGCAAGAAAACGUCAACUCAAACUUGGUGCAAAGGAGAAGAGAUAAAAACCAUUCUUCUGAAACAGUUUCUUGGUCCUCCCUGCCUCCUAGACUGCUAAAUCCAGCCAAGGGAAUGAUUAGAAGGAGAACCUUAGCUUCUCUUGCAGCAGCAGAAGCUCAAAAAGAAGCCAUAACAGCAGCAAAUCUUGUCAAAUGCCUCCGAAUUUUUGGCCAACUCUGUUCAUCCGCGUCACAUGCAAAUCCGCACGAGUCUCUGACCAAGUUCUUUUCACUUUACGGACUUAUAGAAGAAGAAAACGUGAGUGUCAUCCCUAAAGAGGACAAAUUACUUGAGUUUUCAAGUAGCUCACAAGAACCAGACAAGUUGAACAAAUCUAGCAAAAAGACUGGGGUGGCUCGAGUUACAAGUACAAAGAAGACUCCAAAGACUUGGGUGGAGCUAACUGUUGCCGAAAAAUUAGAAUGGGCAAGGGGAGAUGGUAUGAAAGAAGGGAAAGAAGUGAGAGAAAUUCUAUUAGAUGUGACACAAUCUUGGUUUCUAGAAUUCCUAGAAAGGGCACUUGAUGUCGGGUUUCAAAUGGGAAACCUGGAAACUGUCAAAGGGAAAGGAAAGAAUCACAAUAACAUUGCAAACAAAACAGAGCCAAGUAGUCAGAUCGCGGUGACGCUAUCUCAGCUCAAGCAAGCAAACGAGUGGCUGGAUAAACUAAGAAGCAAGAUGAUGUUAGAGGAAAAACAAGAAAUGUUGGUGGAGACGAUUGAUGGUUUGAAGCAAAAAAUAUAUGCUUGCUUGCUUGUCCAUGUGGAUUCAGCUGCAGUUGCUUUAGAAAACAGAUGCGAUCGCGUAUGAACAAAAUUGUAUGUUUAUUUAUUCAAAGUAAGUUGCAUGAAUUGUAAUCAGGAUUCAUGGCUAUAUUACUCAUUACUGUGUGGUGUUUAUUAUCAAGGACGUGUGUAUGAGAAAUAGUGGGGUUUGAGACGUACCUGGGAUUCCUUUGCUAAAGGAAGAUGAUCCAAGAUGGAGAGAGAGAGUAGAUGCGAAAUCAUGUAAGCUGAUCCAGCAUGGACCGUCGUCUCCCUCCCAUCUUGCUUAUUGUGGUUCUAAAAGAAAACACUACCAAGGGUGUGGUGCAGUGCUAGAAAUGUGAUAUAUAUAUACAAAAUGUAAUUUUAGAUGUGCAAGUGUGGAAUUGGGAGAGGGUAGGUGUGUUG